AGAGACGAGCAGCUCUAUUUGUAGUUGACAGGAUGUUUCUGCUCCACAUCAAUUGAUCAUACUAGCUCUGAAGAGUGAAUUAUAGGCAAGUCCAUUAUAUCAGAAAAAAUGGGCUGUGUAAGUGCCAAAGCGGGUUCGUCGUCGUCCGAUGCAAAUGUUGGACUCGCUGGUGGCGGAACAAGUGCUCAUACCGCUACAGGGCCAGCAACGAAACCCGCAGAUGGAGGCCAAUUACCACCAGUCGUGACAUUGAUCAAUAUCAAAGAGGACCAGUCUGCUGCGGUACCCAUCAUAGUUCGGAAAAACAGUAUCACUGGGGAUAUCAGAGGCCAAAUAGUGGUGUCUAGCUUGUCACGGUCUCAAGAGGUGUCGACAGGAACACCAACAUGCUCAGGAUCAGGAGGUGGAGAAAGUGCUUCGAAUAUAUUGGGAGGUUAUGAUGAAGAUGAAUGAUGUUGAGUUAGACUUAGUCUCUCUACAAACGACAGCACUUAGCAUAAAGCUAGCAUGUAAUAUAAUUACUACGAAUUUCACCUAUAAUUACUACUCAACAGAAGUCGUAGUUGCACUUUGCCCAGUAAGUACAGAUGAUUGCAUUUAUCUUUUUUACGAUGAAAAUAAAUUUGGUUGAAUGAUGUACUCGCCUUCUAAGACCCCAGCAAAACCCCAGGAGGGACAACGACAGCAAGCACCACUCGGUCAAGGCAGCAGCACCCAGCGGCGUCGCUCGCAGCAGCCGCCGACUACUUCUCAGGCCAAGCGGAGAGCAACCUUGCGAGAAACAAACUGAAGGAGAAGACAAAUUAAGACUCUCUCUCUACUAGUAGAAGAUGAGCAGGAAGGUGAAGAAGAGCAAUCAUGCUUCAUCCUCUAAUCUCCAGAUGCCGAAGACCUAGCUCUGGUCCGAGAGGCUUUGCGCGGCAACAGUGUAAUAUCAACCUUGCAGGACAAGGAAGUGGAAAAAAUCCUCGCAGCUGUCGAAUUUUACCACUUUGCGGCAGGAGAGACAGUCUGCCAGCAAGGGGCACAAGGGAGUUAUUUCUUUUAUGUUGGCAGAUGAAUCACAUCUUCGGAGUAAGUACAUUAAUAAAGAGACAACAUAGAUGAGUUUAGUUUUCGAAACUACUCACUCAACUACUCGCGAAGCCAGAUGAGGGCCAUCAAAAGUCGUGACCCACUACCUGGCUUGAUAGUUUUCGAAACUACUCGGACAAGGUGCUGUCAAGAAUAUUUGUUCGUUGUCCUCUUGAUGUUUGUCGAAAUGAAUGGUUCCGGUAUUUGGUAACCUGAAUUUGAUCAUAAGGGAAAACAAGAAGAGAACGCUUAGGAUCAAACCCAGGCUACCAAAUACCAGAACCAUACACGAAAGGAUCUUGUGCUCGUACUAUUGAAAAACCGCUUCUAAUCUGCCGUAGUCCACGAAGGCGAAUUUGAGGUUUCUGUUAGUGGAAAGCUCGUCAAUGUGCUCCGACGAGGCAAUUCCUUUGGAGAGAUAGCGUUGAUCCACAAUUGUCCGCGUUCUGCCAGCGUCACUGCUUCGUUGAAGAAUAAGUUAUGGUGUUCUUGUUUGUACUUGUUGUAGUUGCUCUUGACGUAGCGUGGUUAGUGUUAUUUCGGGAUCUCGCCAGAGCUGGCGUUCUUGCCUUCGCAGGACAUCGGCAUUGGCAUACAACGACAGUGAGAUUUUCUUUCACUAUCUCCAGAAUCUGGUGUAGUUGUAGUGGCGGUCCUCUAUAAUUAAAGAAGUAGAAGCCACGACCAACUACAACCACCAGCACGUCAUCCUUACACACUCUAACUUUCACAAGCGAAAACUCGGGAUGUUACCUCUGGGGCAUUCCGAAUUUCGAGUUUCGAAGAAUUUUGCGCCAAAUCUCUCAGUCCCAAUACGAGGAGAACAUGCGCUUGUUAAACCGUGUGCCUUUCUUCGAAAUCUUAUUGGGCCAACAGAAAAACUUAGUCUGUGACGGCGUUCAGGUGACCAUUUUUCAACCUGGCUCAGAAGUUUGUCGGAAGAAUGAAGCGAACGAUAGCUUGUACGUGCUGAAAAGUGGAGAGGUAGAAGCAUCGAAUGGGCAAAAGUUCUUUGCAGGCGAUUUUUGGGGUGCAGAUGCGUUGCUCAGCGAUAGUGUGGCACAUGCUUUUUUAUGGAGGGCGGUGGUUGUUCUUGUUCAUCUGAAGACUUGUCAUGCAAAUACAUGCCGUUUUUUCGAUUUUUAUCAAACCACCUCGACGUGGACGUUCUAGCAUCCCUCACUUUUCUAAUCUCCGACGCCAAAGUAGUUUCUUCUGUUCCUGCGGUUUGCAUCGAGGUCAAUCGGAAUCGGAUAGAGCUCCUCGAUUUUACUACAAAUCAACAUGUCCUCUCUGCACAGAGUACCGGAGCCAGCAGUGCACAACAUAAUAUCACGAGUACAACAUCAACUGGAGGAGGUGGAGCGGGUGCGAGUACGGCUGGUGGAGGGGGUGUGACUAUUAAGAAAGGCUGUACUAGCUGUUGGUGUUGAUACUUAGCUUAUCUUCACUAUCACUUCUCCUCGUUCUCCUGACGAAGAAUUUGCAUGACGAUGUCAGGUCGUGUAGGGCAACAAAACCUCUAACUCCAACACCACUUUCGUAGGAGGCACAAGUACAGCACUUCAGGAACACCUCUAACUCCAACACCACUUCCGUAGGAGGCGCAAGUACGAAUACCUCAGGUAUCAACAAGUUUUCGACAGCGCUUCAGGAACUACAUUUCCUCCACGUGAUGGAAAAAGCUCUGAAUGAGCUAGACAUUUUCUCAGGGGUCAAUCGUGCUCAAGUCAGAUCCCUCCUCAGCCACGUGACCGUCACAACACUGCCGCCAGAAGACCGGGAUGUUCUUGUUCCAGGUUCGGGGAGUGAAGUUUUUAUGGCCGCGAUGGUAAUUAAUACAGUCUAAGUCAUGGAGUGUUGAAAUAUAUCGUGAUCUUCUUGUUCUACUAUAUUACACCUACUGCUUGUCCUCCUCAGGCUCAGGCAUCUAAUGGUAGUUUGCUACAACCACUGAAGACCAUCAUCUCCUCAAGUGACAACUUCUAAUCCACCUGCUGUGGUUGACCGCAAAAUCAGUACAGGACGGACACCAAAAGGGUUUCCAGAUGGCACACGAUUUUUCGUGCUUUUACUUGGUGAAGCGGAGGUGUCCACGGAGCAGGAUUCAGGAGGACCAUUCAGAAUGCAAGCUGGGGAAGCGUAUGGUACAUGUUGCUUUUUUCAGUUCGUUGUACUCCGAAUCCGUAGUUUCUAAAGUCUACGCAUCUUCGAACAUCUUUGUAACGACGUGAAGAUCUCAUUGCCAAUUCCGCCAAUCACCGAAAAUUUGAGGUGGAUCCCUUCUUGUGAACGUGGAGCAAAAAUUCAGUGCAAGAAUACGCAACGUCGCUGUUGGGAACACGAUUGUCGCAUCCUUCGCGCCUGACGCCUUCUUUAUGCUCACUGGGUAGCUAAAAUAAAAGAAAAAGACUGUGUACUUCUCAUACCAAGUACUGGGUACUAGCUAAAAGAAAAAGACUGUGUACUUCUCAUACCAAGUACUGGGUACUAGCUAAAAGAAAAAGACUGUAAUAUGAUCCGCUUCUCCAUUCUAAUCGGUCCGAACUUCAACUCGGCGAUGCCGACAUGAACAACCGCUUGCAGACUUUGAAGAAGGUGACUAUCUUCCGCUAUUUGUCCGACGCCCAAACUCUGUUACUAGCCAGAGGGUUUCGAGAAUUGCCGCCACUGAAGGAGAAUGAGGUUGUGUUUGCUCAAGGAGACGUGGGAGACCGGUUUUUCAUCAUCAAAAAUGGAGAAGUACGUUAAGGCUAACAGCAACUAGUAAGUUAGUACCUAUGCUUCACUGGAAUAUUAUUGAUGCAAGUAGUUCAAGCUUUCAUCAGAUCUGAUCCUUCUCUUUUCUCAUACUCAUGUAGUGUUCAGUUGUCGUGUUGAUCACCGCGUGGACGAACACACAAUUUUUAGGCAUUUUCGACGUGUCCUGGAUAAUAUUUAGUCUCCCAGAUAGUAAUAAUAUGUGAAAGAGGACUAUGUUGUGAGACUCAUGCCAUGCCACUGCUCUAAGCACGUGCGGAACUCACCAUUGCUGGAGGUGGAGAAGAAGCAAAGCCUAAAGUCUUGAGAACCAUGGGCAAAAGCGACUACUUUGGAGAACGAGCGUUGAUGUUUGAAGAACCACGGUCCGCUUCGAUCAUCGUAAACCAACCAGGGACGGUGCUGUAUUCUUUAUGGCUUAUAUUGAUGGUCUUGAUGCUCGUGUUGUCGGCGAUCAUUACCUACGCUAGCUCUUAUUUCUGUGUGUUUCUAGUGGCAGGCACCGCCAGCAGCUUUGGAACAAACAGAGAUGAAUAAUAGAAAGGACCUCUUCUAAUGCCCCUCGACAAAGACGCUUUUCUACGGGUAAUGUCCAAGGACUCGUUGAUGCUGAAGCAUCUCGAAUAUAGGAUUCAAUUGCAGAACACGUUUCUCUCAAAAGACAGCCUCAAAGUGGAUAGAUGUGUGGGUCGUGGAACGUUUGGGACCGUGAAGCUGGUGCAUAAUGAUUAUGAAACGUUUCGUCACCAUAAUUUCAUGGUCACUCGGUGUCCAUCCUGAUUACGAAUACCUCAUCUGACUCUGACAGGAACGUUGAGUUUUUCACGACCUUCCAUCAAUAUCCUCGUCGACGAGGAGCUCUCGCAUAUCUAGCUCUACCACCAUCUAAUCCCAAAAAACGCAAGUCCGAUAUGCCUUGAAGUGCGUUCGCAAGAUGGUCGUGCAGGAGAAGAAGCAGGAAACAAGCAUCAGAAUGGAACGGGAGAUACUUGCUGAGAACGACCACCCAUUCAUAGUGCAUCUUGUGAUUAUGGUUGGGGAGUGAUUGCGUCGGCAUUUGAGGUCGUAACUUCUGCUUUCAUUUUUUCAUCACCUCAUUCAACAUAAGUAGUACUUAAGUACAACAAACAAUUAUGUUUAUGACCUGCACCUGUCCCUUUUGUUUUGUACGAUUGAUCAAGUAAAGAGCUUGUUUGAAUACACACGGCAAUCUUCGAAGCGAUGAACGUAAAAACCGUCUCACCUCUCUAAUACCCAAACUUUCCGAGACAGCAAAUUCCUCUACUUCCUGACCGAACUUGUUACUGGAGGCGAGCUCUAUGAUGCCAUUCGCGAACUCGAUUUGCUCUCGAGAACGCAAGCACAGUUUUAUCUAGGCUCCAUCUGCCUUGCCGUGGACUACCUGCACGAGAAAAACAUUGCCUAUAGGGACUUAAAGCCGGAGAAUGUGCUGUUAGACUCUCAGGGCUACAUCAAAUUGAUCGAUUUCGGAUGUGCGAGGAAAUUGGGGGAGUCUGGUACUGCGUUUUCCACCUUCAUCUAGCCGUAGCCAUUUAUUGUUGAUGUUAGACUCCAUCUGUAGCCAUUUUGGCUCAAGGAUGAGAGAAAAGAAAGGAAGUCUUUGAACUUCUACUCAAAAAAAAUAUUUAUCAUAUUAGUAACUAACUACUGAUGAAAGCGCCUAGGCCUACAAUCUUCUAAACAAAUUCAUCACUAGGCCUACAAUCUAAACAGAUUGUUCAUCAUCCUUCUUAUUGAUGUUAGACUCCAUCUCACAACUUCUCCGCUUGUGCAUCAUGAUGUGCUGAAGUUUGACUAGUACGGUUCUUCUCGAAAAGCACCUCCUGCAUUUCUCCAGGUAAAACCUUCACCCUUAUCGGCACCCCGCAUUACAUGGCUCCUGAAAUCGUGCUUGGCCGUGGCUAUUGCCAAUCUGUUGAUAUCUGGAGCAUGGGCGUAUGCCUCUAUGAGUUCCUGUGCGGCCCCUUGCCCUUUGGAAACGACGCUGGCGAUGACCAACUCAUCGUUUUCAAGGAAAUCCUCACUGGUAGACUCCAUUUCCCAGACUACGUAGAGGACGUAGAAGCCAUGGAUCUGAUUAAAAGGUUGCUAUGCAGAACGCCUGAAUUGAGGAUUGGAUGUACUACUACUUGUACUUAUCUAGUUGGAUUUAGUUGUUGACACGCUUAUAGAACGGGGGUUGUUACCCCCUCCUUAUCUAGUUGGAUUAUAGAACGGAUGUAGGAUGGACUUGGAUGGAUCGGAUGGACCCCCCUGAUUCUUCCGAUCCUACUUGAAAUGGUGGGAAGUCCAUCCGUUCCAUCCGAUCCAUCCCAUCCCGGAGCUGGCACCCCUAUAAAUUAUUCUAUUAUCUAGUUGGAUGCUUCACACGCCUACAGUUUGAUGCUGUACUAUCUACAUUUAUUCGAAAACUCAAAAUAAGCGAGUUACUGACUGAAAUAUGAGAGUCUUGACUACAUUCCUCUUCUUUCAGUAAUAUCUCUCUUAUUUUCACUAGUUACUCGCUUAUUUCAGUUUAUCGAAUAGUUGGAUGCUUCACACGCCUUCUUGUCUGCUGCUCUCUCACGACGACUGGUUAUCGUUAUUGCAAGGCUUUAUCUCCUCUUAUUUUAACACUCCUGAUCCUGUCUCUCCCAUUGUCGAAAAAAAAUAUGUCACGACAGUUACAGUUACAACAACAUCCCUAUCAGUCUUUUUUGACAGAGACGUCAGCUGCCUCCCAAUGAUCCCCCUUCAUCUCCGACAAUUAUGCAUAGACUACAUAGCCAAAGCCAUAGCUACAGGCUCCCAUCAACCAGUCCUCGUCUUCAUCUGCGUAGUUGUUUACCUCAAGCUAGGGUCCCAAUCUUAUCAAGCACCCCUCGUCAUCAACAUCUGCGUAGUUGUUUACCUCAAGCUAGGGUCAGUCUCUAGCCAUAUUAGCUAGGGUCAGGCAAUCCCAUCAACCACCCCUCGUCAUCUGCGUAGUUUACCUCAGGUUCGCUCCGCGGCAUCUGGGACAUUCGGGAGCACGCUUUUUUCUCCGGCUUCAGUUUCGACUUGCUUCUGGGAAGACAGCUGCCAGCUCCACUGGUCCCGCAGGAAGAAGUGUACACAGCAGAAAGCCUCGACUUACCUGAAGUUAAGGCUACCGCUGGAGCAUCCUCAAGACCAUCCUUAGCCCUUUUUUCAAGGGGAAAAAGGGCCGAGGGAGGCUCUCAGGGAUGCACGUCGGUCCCUCUAAUGAAGAUGACUAUUCGAAAGAUCCCGAUAUCGAAUUUUCAUGGGAAAAGAUAUUUGCGCAGUAAGAGUACUUGACUUCUCUUCAGUCAAUGAAGAUAUAGUAACUCAAUGAAGAUAUACUUCUACUCGUCAAUGAAGAUAUAGUAGAGGAUGCCCCUAACUUUGCAGAAACUUCAAGUAUAUUAUACUUCUAUUCGCUGAUCAAUAUACCGUAGAAGUAGAAGAUGAUAGGUUUUGGUUAUACUUAAUGAACGGUAUGCAGCUUUAGGUCGAUGCGUAUCGCGGCUAGUUAUUGAUAUCAUUGUUAUGCAUCCACGAGAAGUCACAUUGUUAUGCAUCCACACUAAGUUGUAAGCAUCAUAUCGUCCGUUGAAGCUUGCAGUUGAACUGUGAGUUCGAGUAGUCGUGCUAUAGAUGGAGGAGUCUCUUUUAUCAUUCUGCUUUCUGAACGUAAUCCAGUGAAAAGUAAUAUCUCAUCAAUGCCUCUGCAUUUUUUGUUCGAUAGUGCGUCUGCCAUGCUAACAAGUUAAUAAAGUCAAGGACGAGUACGUAGCAACAGCAAUAGCUCUUAACGUCUAAGCUUUUUCUCGGCCACGCUUGGGGAAGCUCAAUGGUGACUCUGCAGCAUAGUAUCUACUUGCGAGUCAGGUGAUCGCCGGCAUUCUUGUGGCGUGUUCCAUUCCGAAAACCAAGUCGUUUUUUAGUGUGUUCUUCAUCCUAGUAAGUCGGAAAAUUAGACGGAUUAUUUUUAAGGGAAAGCUACUCAAAACACCAUAAGGCUACGUCGAUUCUUAAGGGGGCCAGGACAGUAGACAAGGAUACCUACACAAGAACAGGGCGAGCACGUAGCAAUAGCAUUCAAUGAACCCAGCGUAACACGCAAAAUGUACUAACAUGAUAGAAGUCACUUUUUGUAUAGCCAUGCAUAAUUUUGAUUUGCACCACUGCACAACCGCAACAAAGUCGAAUAACAUCAUGCUUUAGAAGAGCUCUGUGGUAAGAAAACUGUAAAAAUCGAUGCCACGACAUCAAAAGCAAUAUCAUCAUCAUGCCUAUCAUGAUUACACCAGAUUUCUCAUCACCCGUAGCCGUCGAGACCCGCUCUUGGCGGAAUCACGAACCCUUGAACCCCCCAUAUCACAGAUUUAGAACACGAUGUCCAAUGUGACGCGCCUCUUUUCAUUCAGG